CGGCAGUGGGCGGAAGUGGCGGGGCGGAAGUAGCUGUGAGCGCCGCUUUGGGCAGAGGAGGGGGCGGAUGAGCGGGCGGCGGGAGCCGCAGUGCCGGGGGCAGGGCCCUGCGGGAGGCCGGCAGUAUCCCACCUGUGACCAUAAAAUAUGAUUCUUAGCCUGCUGCACCAAACUUUGUAACUAAUUAUCUCACAACUUGGUCACCUGGCUUCAACUAUAAUGCAGCAAGCUUUAGAACAGGCACUGGAUCGAGCAGAGUAUAUCAUUGAAAGUGCUCGUCAGAGACCUCCCAAAAGAAAAUAUUUAUCCAGUGGAAGAAAAUCUGUAUUUCAAAAACUCUAUGACUUAUAUAUAGAAGAAUGUGAAAAAGAGCCUGAGAUAAAGCAGAAGCUGAGGCGAAAUGUGAAUUUACUUGAGAAGCUGGUUAUGCAGGAGACGUUGUCAUGUCUGGUAGUGAACCUCUAUCCGGGAAAUGAGGGUUAUUCACUUAUGCUCAGGGGAAAAAUGAAUUCAGAUUCUGAGACCAUUCGACUGCCUUAUGAGGAAGGAGAGCUGCUUGAAUAUUUGGAUGCAGAGGAGUUACCACCUAUUUUGGUUGAUCUCUUAGAAAAAUCUCAGGUUAAUAUUUUUCACUGUGGAUGUGUCAUAGCGGAAAUACGUGACUAUAGGCAGUCUGGUAACAUGAAAUCUCCAACGUACCAAAGCAAGCACAUUCUUUUGCGUCCUACAAUGCAGACCUUAAUUUGUGAUGUUCAUUCUAUAACAAGUGACAACCACAAAUGGACACAGGAGGACAAACUCCUACUUGAGAGCCAACUUAUUUUGGCUACAGCCGAGCCUUUGUGUCUUGAUCCAUCAAUAGCAGUGACCUGUACUACAAACAGACUCCUGUACAACAAGCAGAAAAUGAAUACUCGCCCCAUGAAACGGUGUUUCAAAAGGUACUCAAAGUCAUCUCUGAACAGGCAGCAGGAAGUAGCUCACUAUUCAACUCCGCCUCAGCUCAGAUUAGUUGAUUACUUACAGAAAAAGAAGGAGAAGAAAGGAGCCCAGCAGUAUGACCUCAAAAUUUCUAAAGCUGGAAAUUGUGUAGAUAUGUGGAAACAGAACCCUUGCUACUUGACUGCACCUUCUGAAGUGGAUGUGGAAAAAUAUGCCAAAGUGGAGAGUUCUAUCAAGCCUGAUGACUCACAGCCAACUGUUUGGCCAGCACAUGUGAGUAAUUCAGACCUUUGACCAAGCUUUUCUGUC